AUGCGUUUUUUGUUUCAGUGCCAGAGUGAAUACCAGAAGAGUUACGGCAGUUCCCGGUCCAGAAGCGCGUCGCCUCGGCGCUGCGGCCCGUCUGCCGGCCUCCGCUCCGACAUGAUGGGUGUCGGCAGGGAACCUGGUCUCCAGCGAAGGAAGAGAACUGGACCACUCGACCAGUCCUGCAGCUCUUCACGCUUUCCUCAAGAUGAUCCAGAUGUUGGAGGUCACACAAGAUCACACCCUGCUGCUUCCAGAAGUCGCUCAGUCCACAGGAAGGACCCCUCACAGAACCAAAAGCCACCCACUCCUACUGGACCUCCAGCAGGACCACAACCUGCUGCAGUCCCAGAACCCCCAGAGAGACCAGAUCCUGAAUCUGCAGUGAGGCCAGAGGCAGAUGGAAAGCCUGUGAAGCUCCGCCCCUCUGAGCCUGUCAGCCAAUCACAGCUCAGCAGCGCUGCGACGCGAGCAGCUCCAGACGAGCGUCAGAAGCUGUCGGACAUCAAGGUGGACCAGGCGCUGCGAUGGAGGGCAGGGCUGAGGUCAGGAGGUCAAAGGUCAGAGUACCACAGACAGUUCAGCUUUAAGAAGCCUGUACCUGCUGCUUCACCUCUACUGACUGCAGAGCAGGUGCUGAACUCCAGCAUCGGGGCGAUCCCUCUCCAUGCGACAAACACGGUUCCCAUGGAAACUGAGUAUUGGCGGAGCUUCAGGGGCCUGGCCCCGCCCACUGGACCGCGCCUUCGCAAACAUCUGGAGCACGAGAGAGUCCCGCUGUUCCACACGCAGUUGAUCGAUAAGGAGAAGAGGGCGGAGCCACACAAGUCCCACCCCAAACAGGAACUCCCUCGAAACGAACUCGACAGACCACAAUCACUGAAGGACACGCCUCCUCCUCCUCAGGUGCAGAAGAGGCGCAGGAUGUUGACCGAGUAUCAGUCCAGAUUUCGUUCUCGUCUCUACAGGAACUCAGAAGGAGGCGGAGCUACAGAUGCUGUCACGCAGCAGGUGUCGGACCUGAGGCAGCAGGCCCGGUGGUACCGCCGUCGGGCCUGGGGAACCAACUUCUGCAGGGAGCACCUGAACCAGCUGCUGUCUGAACACAACGCUCUGUGGGAGCCCGACGACACCACGGACACCUCCACGCACCGCCGGACCCCCGACCUGACGCCAGAACCAGACGGCCGCAGCACUUCCUGCGUGGAGGCCCUGGACCUGUCCAGUAACUCCAGCAGGACGUCCUCAUCGGCCGGUGGUCCUGGAGGUUCACUCCACGCUCACAGGAGAACUGAUCCGGGUUCAGCUGAGCGGCCAACAGCCUGGGGAGAAGAAGAAGAAGAAGAAGAAGAAGAAGAAGAAGAAGAAGAAGAAGAAACUCUGCCAGACGAAGACGAGGGAAGGUUACCGACGCCGAGGCUGAAAACGAGGCCGGUUCAGAGGACUCACCACGACCUCACCACACCAGCCACAGGGGGCGCCAUACUCGUGGGCAGACUGCAGAGCGCCGACUGUUCCUCUCCAAACAAGCAGCAGAACUGUGGGUGGGGUGUUUCCAUGACAACAGGGGCGGAGCCUGUCACCAACAUGCUGUCCAAACACAAAGAGGCGUGGCCAGAGAGUAUUCCCAGCCCCGCCUCUGAGCGCAAACCAACCUCCAGCCCAACGCCUAAACCAGUCAGUACAAAGCAAGCGUCCCCGGCAGCUGUGGCUCCGCCCCCUGUCACCUCCCCCCCACAACAUGGCAUCCAGGGCACCAUGAGACACCCGGACUUCCAGCACAAUGGUGACCUGGGUCAGAGGUUCUGGGCGGCGCCGUGCUCCAGAGGAGGCAGCGCUUCUGACGAAGACGAUCGGCUCUCGGUGAUGUCAUGGCGCUCGGCGGCCUCCUGCUCUGCGGCGUCCGCCGUCUUGGUGCGCGCCCAGAAAAGACGGGAGGACUUCUGGGGGAGGAGAUGACCUCAUUUCCUGUGUUUAAUGUUCGAAUCAUGUUGCAGACGUUGGUCUCCAUUGUCUUAUUUUGUAGAAAAAUGAUUUUUAAUUGUUUAACGAGGCGAGCGCAGAAACGACAUCAGAAGUUUAUCUCCUCUUCGUUUUGUGCUUUUUGGUGAAAUUUGCUGAUUUUAAACAAAAAUAUGUCAUUUACGUGAAUCGUG